AUGAAUCCCAAUUUCUUUCAUUACCGUUACUACGACUUGUUAACGGUAGAGGAACGCGAGCAGUGGGCACUGCGUCACAUCGAGAGUCAAAGUGAAAUAUUCGGCCCCAGGGAAGAGUUCAAGUUGUACCGCUUUGUCAGUUUCGGUAAGGCUCUGCCGGGUAUUAAAAAAUGGGCAAUGAAAACGACCGAUAGAGACAAGAGAACGGAAAUAGUCAACGUUUUAGUGGAAUCUGCGAAGACCCAACGCGAACUGGAGAUGUUGUUCAAGUAUUAUUAUGACCGGCAUGUGAAUGAAAGUUCGUCUAGCAAAGAACAGUUCAUGAAUACGGUAAUGCUCCAUCACAACGUGUUUGAGUUUGAUGAAGACUGCUGGAAUGCUUUUAAUAAGAUACUGUACAGCAUGGAUAUUUAUAGUAAUCCAGGUUGCUUUUACAUGACAGACUUCAGGUUGAUUGUGCUGAUCUUUUGCAUUGUCCACGGAAAAGAGGUACCUGAGCACUUCAAGGACAUCCUCUAUUCUGGCAUUAGUCAUUUAUAUACGGAUAAACUUAACGAGGAUAAACGAGUAAUACUUUAUGACUACCUCAUGAAUUUCUAUAUCGAGAAAGUGCAGGAAUUUGAAGGCAAAGAUUACGAGGGGGAUGUUAAAAAAACUAUCACACAGUACAUAUCGAUGGUUUUGCGUGUCUUGGAAAUAUACGACAAAACGAAGGAGGACUGUCCAGACAUUAUAAUGACGUACAUAGAUUUGGACUGGGACAAUUAUAAAACCCACCAUAUAUUCAAACAAAAGGUGGAGAUCACACUGUUGGAGGAAUACGAUUUGAUUAGAUUGUUGAAGGAAGAUGCGACUUUGCUGAACGAUACCUUUCACGAUCUAAGAUCAACCAUGAGUAGCAGUUAUACUUUCAAGCUCAACCAGUUGAUGAGAAAGCUGAAAAUAUAUUUCUCAAUGGACAUCGCCAACGAGUUUCUUAAUUUCUUCAUCAGUUUGCUAUCGGAGCCCGAAACAGUUUCGCUAUCAAUAUACACUUCGGUCUACUGCAUCUUCCAGUUAGCAGACGACAAGUUCAAAAUAGACUUUAUGUGUCAAUACGCGCCCGUAGAACCGAAAAUAGACCAUCAGAACAUUGACAGGACUUUGUUAUACAUUCGAGAGGCAAUUUGCCGUUUCUCUUGCUAUUCCCGACCACCCGUCCCUCUAGAGAACAUCCUUUGGUACCUGAGGGGUGACUACGUACACUUUUGCCUGCCCGUUUUUGGCCACUACUUGGUAAAUCUACCGCGUCCGCUGUCCAUGAAAUUCAUUGAAACUACACUGAACUCUCCACUUUCCAUACAGAAGCACGGCUUGCGUUUGGCAUUCAAGUCCUACACGGCGGAGGACUUGAGGAAUCUGGUCACAUCCGUUUGGGGCAAAACUAAGAACAUUUCUCUAAGGUUGAUCCUCUACGAGAAGCUAUUUGAUAAGAUAGUGAAGGAAGAGGAAGCGUCGCAAAUGGAGCUUUACGAAGCAUUGAAAAUGUUCACUUUGGACUUGCACGAUGAGGACGACAAGGCGAUUUUCUCUUUGAUCACAUCGGGCCGCAUGCCUGAGCACCUCAGAGGCGAUUUCCUAGUCACCGCUUGGAUGGCGGUCAGUAUGUUCAGUGAGAAAACGUCAAACUUGGAGUGUCAAGCGCGACUCCUGCGCACCAUCAAAUCCAACAUGAAUCUAAUGGAUAGAGACUUCCUGAUGCAGAACAUCGUCGAGCCGCACGUACAAGAAAUGCUAGCGGAGAGGAAAAUCCGACCGAGCUACAAGAGUCGCGAAAUGAGCGAGAGGGUCAAAGCGAAAUGGGAGCUCAUCGCUAGGUUCAUAGUGACGUUCACGAACGAAGACGAGAGCAAGGCGUGCGUCGAAUUGGCCAAGUUCAUAGUGAACUGCUGCGCGGAAAUGUGGGACGUGGUGCACGGUGAAAUGUACACCGUUAGGCUGUUCUUCACGAACCUCGUGACCAGUUUGCGAGCGAACAGCAACUGUCACUUCCGCAACUUCAAACAGGUCAAUUGUGUAUUCGAAACGUUUCUGCUCACCGCCCUGGACGUGCUGCCGACGCGGGAAAUCUACAUGACGAUAUGGGACCUGCGUCUGACGAUAUUAACUAGGGUGGUAUGCGGGAGGCUUAAGUACAACGAAAUUGGCAAAUUCGAAUGCCUCGAAGAGGACAGCACGUACGAGGAUUUCGCCAGAGAGAUUGGGAACCUCGUAGCCGAUCAUGUCAACAAGGGCCAGUUCUACAGGAGCUUCCUCCCGCUGAUCACCGGGCUGGUGAACAAUCACAUCUCAGUGCUCUCCUGCGCCAUCAACAGAAACGUCGACUUGGUGCGCCUGAUGGUAUGUAACAAUUUGACGGACCACGCACUCACAGAGACACAUCUGUUGGCCUUGAUGCUCAUCCCCGCCGACUGUCCCAACCCGUAUUACAAUAAAUGCAAGGCAACCGUGGAUAAAUUCAAAGCCAUUGACAACGAAGAAAUCCAAUGCCUUCUGUAUCAGAAGUUUGUACGCGAGGACUUCAAAAGGCGAAAAUUCUUC